UCCAGUCCCCUGGCUAUGCUGACAGCAGCGUGCAGCAAAUUUGGUGGCUCCAGCCCUCUGCGGGACUCAGCGACACUGGGCAAAGCAGGCACAAAGAAGCCAUACUCUGUGGGCAGUGAACUUUCAGCCCCCAAAACCAUGGGGGAUGCCUACCCAGCCCCUUUUGCAAGCACCAAUGGGCUCCUCUCACCUGCAGGCAGCCCCCCAGCACCCACAGCGGGCUAUGCCAAUGACUACCCUCCCUUCUCCCACUCCUUCCCUGGGCCCACGGGCACGCAGGAUCCUGGGUUGCUAGUGCCGAAGGGGCACAGUUCUUCUGACUGCCUGCCCAGUGUCUACACCUCUCUGGACAUGGCACACCCCUACGGCUCCUGGUACAAGGCAGGCAUCCAUGCAGGCAUCUCACCGGGCCCAGGCAACGCUCCUACUCCUUGGUGGGACAUGCAUCCUGGGGGCAACUGGCUCGGUGGUGGGCAGGGCCAGGGAGAUGGGCUGCAAGGGACACUGCCCACCAGCCCUGCUCAGCCUCCACUGAACCCUCAGCUGCCCACCUACCCCUCUGACUUUGCCCCCCUUAAUCCAGCUCCCUACCCAGCUCCCCACCUCCUGCAACCAGGGCCCCAGCAUGUCUUGCCCCAAGACGUCUAUAAACCCAAGGCAGUGGGCAACAGUGGGCAGCUGGAGGGGAGUGGUGGAGCCAAGCCCCCUCGGGGCGCAGGCACAGGGGGCAGCAAUGCCUACGGGGGCAGUGGAGCCGGGCGCUCUUCCUGCGACUGCCCCAACUGCCAGGAGCUAGAGCGCCUGGGGGCGGCAGCAGCCGGGCUGCGCAAGAAGCCCAUCCACAGCUGCCACAUCCCUGGCUGUGGCAAGGUGUACGGCAAGGCCUCCCACCUGAAGGCCCACCUGCGCUGGCACACAGGGGAGAGGCCCUUCGUCUGCAACUGGCUCUUCUGCGGCAAGAGGUUCACCCGUUCUGACGAGCUGGAGCGCCACGUGCGCACUCACACCAGGGAGAAGAAGUUCACCUGCCUGCUCUGCUCCAAGCGCUUUACCCGAAGUGACCACCUGAGCAAGCACCAACGCACCCACGGAGAGCCAGGCCCAGGCCCCCCUCCCAGCGGCCCCAAGGAGCUGGGGGAGGGCCGCAGCGCAGGGGAAGAGGAGGCCAGUCAGACACCCCGACCUUCGGCCUCACCAGCACCCCCAGAGAAAGCCCCUGGAGGCAGCCCAGAGCAGAGCAACCUGCUGGAGAUCUGAGCUGGGUGGAAGGUCUCUAGCCCCAGGGUUGCCUCCCCAGCCUCUCAGACUCC